AUGGACAGAGAACAAUUGCAACACCAAGCCGCCUACAUGAGGAGGUCCCUAUUUGAUCAGGGAUACCUUGAUGAUCAAUUCGUUCAACUGGAGGAUUUGCAAGAUGAAGCGAACCCAAAUUUUGUAGAUGAAGUUGUGACCCUGUUCUACACUGAUUCAGUUAGAUUGAUUCAAAACAUUGAACAGGCGAUGAUCAAUAAGCAUAAUAUUGAUUUCGGUAAGCUGGAUGAUUACAUGCACCAGUUCAAGGGUAGCAGCUCAAGCAUUGGAGCUAAGAAGAUGCGUCAGGACUUUUCAACAACUCAAGCACGAGCAUGCCACUUUGAGGAGGAAACUAGAAACUCACUUUCAGGUUUGCGUGUCAGCGUAAAAUGCAAGUACAAGCUAAUUCCAAUGGCCACUACACUAUUGGCCAAGGCACUAUCAUUUUAUAAUGACAAACAAAGAGAAACGACUUCGUUGCCAUGCCCUGAUUGGCCACCCACCUGGAUUGAGGAACGGAGAUCUAGAGACAACCUGCCACGGUCACGUACCGUAAAGGUGUUGUCUCACAAUAUCAAUUCAAUUCCUCUUUUAAUUCUGCAGUAG